UUCAGUUACAACUGACUUUGAGUGUGAGUACGUGGUAUGGAACAAGCGGAAACUUCCACUGAGCUGCAAACGUUUGAGGUGAGGAAGCUGGCAGUCACCAAACUGACCGCCGGGUCACUUUAAUGAUGCUUCCACGCAGACAGGACCACGGAAAGAGAAGGAGCGACGGAGCGCGCGGCGCGUGGAGCCCGGUCCGCCGCAGCUCCGCCGUACUGCCCUCGGUGCUAACCUUCCUGGUGAUCGUUGCCUCCGGAGGCCUGCUGCUCAUGAUAGAAAAAGGAAUGCUGAACAGCAUGGAGACUCCUUCACCUCGGGGAAGCCCGAGGCGGCUGGAUCUCAGCAGAGAGACCCGUAGACACAUUUCAGACAGCGUGGACGUGGAGUCCCAGAUCCUCCAGGAGAUCCGGAAUCGCACCAUCAGGACCAUGUGCAGCCAGAAGAACAUGCCCCACAGCAUCUGGACACUGAGCCCCCUGCAAAGGAAGACAGUGCUGCAGCACAUCCUAGUGAACGACGAGUACCGUUUCCUCUACUGCUACGUUCCCAAAGUGGCGUGCUCCAACUGGAAGAGAGUCCUGAAGGUCCUGAGUGGAGCCCUGGAGAGUGUGGAUGUCAGCAUCAAGAUGGAUCAUCGCAGCGACUUGGUUUUCCUAUCCUCCCUGAAGCCAGAAGAAAUCCGCUACCGCCUCAAGAACUACUUCAAGUUCAUGUUUGUGCGAGAACCCAUGGAGCGACUACUUUCUGCCUACAGAAACAAGUUUGGAGAGAUUGAAUCCUACAAGAAAAAAUAUGGGGUAGAGAUUGUAAAGCGGUACAGGAAGGGCCAUGCCAAGGAUGCGUCUGUGACCGGAGAUGAUGUGACCUUUGAAGAGUUUGUCCGCUACUUGUUGGACGAGGAUGUGGAACGCAUGAAUGAGCACUGGAUGCCUGUUUACAACUUAUGCCAGCCUUGUGUUGUUUCUUAUAAUUUCAUUGGCUCUUAUGAGCACCUUGAAAGGGACUCUGAGUAUGUGCUCCAGCGCAUCGGUGCGCCGCCUUUCAUUCGCUUCCCUGAGAGACAAACUUGGUACAAGCCUGUCACGACAGAAACAUUACACUAUUACUUGUGCACUUUGCCACAGAAGUUCCUCAGGGACCUUCUACCCAAAUACAUUUUAGACUUUUCUCUAUUUGCUUACCCCCUCCCAAACACAACCACUGAAUACUGUCGGCAUUAAAAGAUGCCCGCUUUUUUUUUAUAGAUAUUCUUCUUGGACUAUUUUUAUACCUUAGGGGAAAUAAAACGUAAAUAAAAAGUAUUUUCACAUUUCAUACAUGUCACAAUGAUUUAAAAACCACUAAAGUGUCAAUAUGAGGUAAUGAGACAUUCCUGAAACUUCAUAAAAACUGUUACAGUGAAUAGACUGAUUCAUUUACUGCUAUUGGACGAUUGUACCGUAGGUCUGUGUUUCAUAGGUUCUGGGGAAAUGUUGUGGUUUAGCAGGCUAAACACAGUUUCACCUUAAGGUUUGCAUACAAACAUUCAUUGGUAUGUUUACCAGUAAUUUGGUUCUUUUAAUGGUCUGUUUGUAGUGUUUUUUUUUCCAGGGUGGAAUGAUGAUACACAUUCAAUGAAUUUUAAAAAUAAAUUGAACAAUUUUAAAUGUGUUUAUUACCUCCACCUUCACAUUAGGGCCGCAAUUAACGAUUAUUUAUUGUUUUGCUAAUAAUCGGAUAGCCAAAAGUUCCUUAAAGAUUUUUUAAAAAGAAAUUAAACCAGUUAAAACUAGAACUUUUCGACUAGAUGAGUUCUGGAUAGAGCAUAUUGACAGAAGAAUAGGUUUUUUUAUCUUAAAAAGUCUCAACACUCCAGUUUACGAUUAAUCAGUUACUAAAUUAGUUGAACAUUUCAAUAAUCGAUUAAUCUGAUACAUUUUGUCAGCCCCAGUUCACACCGACUCAAAUGUGUACAUAGUUAUAUCCCUUCACUUAUUGGAUAAAAAUUAUUUUGUAGAACUUGAGCUAAUUGCGAUAUUUGAUUACUCCUUUUACCCAAACUGUUGAUUAGACCUAAUUAAACCAAAAUUUUUCUGGUAUGAAUCAGACGUUUAGGCAUAGUCCAAUAAAUGUAGCAUGUAGUAUUUCACAUUUAGCUGUUUGAGACAUGUAGACAGUUGGAGAAAGUUAAAAUACUACUGGCAGCAAAGGAGACCCUUAGUGGGAUUCUGCCACUUCCAUGCUUGACAGUUGUUAUGGUGGUCUUGGGUUAUUAUCUUGACCCCUAAUUAGUCUUCCUCACGGUAUUGCUCCCAUCUUUGUUAGUAGCAACACAAUCAAUCAAUGUUUUAAGGAGAUUUAUGUGAAGGAGCACAAACUUCUUAAUUAACUCUUUAGUCAUUGAUUAUGUAAAACUGGCUUUUAUUUAAACAACAUUGUUGUUCCUCUUUGAAGCUUUGAGCAGCCUCCAUUUCCUUUCACGUGAUAUUAAUAAUCUGUUCAGAUUGAAGCUGGAUAACUGGGUGUUUUAGCCUGGAAAUGAUCCCUAACAGACACCAAAACUUGUUUUAGAAUAGAUAAGCAGCUCAAUGUUCAUCUUUUUAAAUGAUCCAACCCUAGCUGGACGAAAGAAAGAAACCAAACAUUUUUUAAAAGAGCUCUACUUCAUAUACAACAUAAAUAAUGCCAAAAACAAAACUUGAUGGCUACAUUUAACCUAUUCAAACUUUGCACCUAAUUCUUUGUUUUAAAAUAAAUUUUGUUGUGUUGUAUUAUCAGUUCUUUACCAAAAAAAAGAACAAUACAAACAAAUCACUUGAAGCACCCAGAUAACAGGACUUUUAAACCAAUGGGUCAAUCUGAUGCUGUGAACUCAGAUGUUUAUUUUCCCCUGACUUUUCAUGUAAUGCUCAACUGUUUACAAUUUAAUAAAACUGAGAAACAUGUAAAA